AUGCGGUACUCCCUCGUCGACCUGCUCGUGGCAGCAUCAACUGCAUCUGCCACCGUGCUGCUCUACCCGGACAGUCUGCCCUCAACACUCACCUCGGAGUGCACCGGCGCGCUGGCCGUGGACGUCACAGCCUGCGAUCCGCUGGUGAGGGACCUCCGUCCUGACGUCUUCUACCCACCAACGUCCCUGACACGCAUCUGCACCACCGCCUGCUCGUCCGCCAUCGAAACAUGGCGGUCAUCCGUACUGUCCCAGUGCGGGAACCAGACCAUCUCGGCAGACCUUGGAGUCGAGGCCGCGGCUGUCUACAUCCCCGGGUCGCUGCAGUACUAUUUCCAGAACGCCUGCCUGCAGGACGACUCGGGCCGCUACUGCGGACCAGUUGCGGCCCUGGCAGCGGCCUUCGCGGAGCCCGGUAUCAGCCCCUUCAACUAUGUCACCAACACCACCGACCAGGUGCGGCCCGACGACUGCGACGUGUGUCUGGCCAACCGCCUGCGUCUGCGCGAGGGGUCGCCGUACUUCGACGGACCCCUCGCCGCCAGCCAGUCGCUGUACGCGAGCAUGACGGCGAGCUGCGGUAUCGUGGACCGCCCGGUCGUGACGACGACUAUCGACUACUUCACUGCGUCACCCGUUCCAACGGCCAAGGUGUGCGAGGGCUCGACCUACACGGUUCAGGACUCAGACGACUGCUACACCGUCUCCAAGAGCCAAGGCGUCGGCACCGACUGGCUGCUGGCCGACAACGACUUGGCGGCCUUCUGCGCCGACUUCCCCUCCGCCGGCACCGGCCUCUGCAUCGCCAAUCAGUGUACCACCGUUACCGUCCCUACCAACACGACGUGCGAGGCCAUGGCCGCGGCCGCCAAUAUCACCGAGGCGCAGUUCAAGUCCUGGAACCCCUCCAUCAGUUACGGGUGCGCCAAUCUGCCCAGGAUGAAUGGCUCCGAGGUCUGCAUCGACGCCCCCGGCCGCAAGUUCGUGGCCCCCAGCGACACCUCCGCUCUGCCCCCUCAAACUCCGACCACCACGGCUCCCAAGCCUACGGACGCGGCCGAUGGCUCCGGCGGUUCCGACAAGCCUUGCGGGCGGUGGUACUCGGUCCAGCAGGGCGACUACUGUAACCUCGUCGCCGUCAAGUUCGCCAUCACCCUCGCCGACUUCCUCUUCCUGAACCCGGCCGUCAACACCAACUGCACCAAUCUCUUCGCAUUGGAGUCGUACUGUGUCGCCGCCGUGGGCGACAUCAACACCUACUCAGGCCGCCCCGGCUACGCCACCAUCACACUCGACCCCUCGGCCCCGUUCACCGGCGUUCCCUACACGGAGCGACCAGACGCGACAAACUCCCCUUACACCCGGCUGUACACGGCUCUCCCACAGGCCACCGGCACGCGCGGCGACUGCGUCCACUACUUCGCCGGCGACGACUACCAAUACGACCUCGCAGGCUCGCCCUUCGCCAGCAACUGCGAGCUCGCCGCUCACACCUACAACGUCGACCCAGAGACCUUUGGGUUGUGGAACCCCAGUCUCGGCAACGUCUCGGACUCGGCGUGCGCUUUCGAAAACGGCGUUCGCUACUGCGGCUCGUGGUACAUCGAACACGGAGACCAAGACGCCGUCACGGCUACAACGACCGCGGGCGGCGAGGACCCGACAAACACAUCCCCCACGCCGCCGGGUCCCACCAUGUCGGGCUCACCCGCGAACUGUAACAAAUGGGCUCUCGUGACGGACGGCUUGUCAUGCACUGACAUGGCAUCCGAGGCCGGAAUCUCUCUUGAGCAGUUCCUGGCAUGGAACCCAGCUGUCUCGUCAGACUGUCUGACCAACUACUGGCUCGGCGAAGCCUACUGCGUCGGCGUUUCGGACGACGGCGCCACGACAACGACGGCGGCGGCGGCGACAACCACCGCUCCCACGACAUCGAAGGUGACGCCGCCCGGCCCAACAAUGACCGGGUCGCCCGCUAACUGCAACAAAUGGAGCCUCGUGACCGACGGCCUGUCAUGCACCGACAUGGCCUCCCAAGCCGGUAUCUCCCUCGCGCAGUUCUUGGCCUGGAACCCGGCCGUGUCCUCGGACUGCCUGACGAACUACUGGCUGGGCGAGGCGUAUUGCGUCGGUGUUUCUGGUGAGUCUACCCCCGCGUCGACGACGACCACGGCGGUGGCGACGACGACGUCGGUGACGCCUCCUGGGCCUACCAUGGGAGGCGAGCCGGACAACUGCAACAAAUGGGCUCUGGUGACGGACGGUCUGACCUGCACGGAUAUGGCGAGCCAGGCGGGGAUCACGUUGAGUCAGUUUUUGGCUUGGAACCCGGCUGUGAGCAGCGAUUGUUUGACAAAUUAUUGGCUGGGAGAGGCGUAUUGCGUCGGUGUUAGUGGCUAA